AUGAGUAGGAGAUCAAAUGAGAAUAAUCAUAAUAAUAAUGAUCGAGUUCCAACCGAUAAGAAGAAGUUCAAGCCAAGACGUCUUAAAGGCAAGGCCAAUCCAUUUUAUUGGCUCACUCAGCUUGGUUUACCCGAGCCAAACACAAAUACUCCCUUGCCAUCAUCAACCCCAACACCAACAACAACAACAUCAACAUCAACAUCAACAUUAACAACUGGAAAUCAUUCAAUCACAUUCGUGGUUGAUUCAAUGGUGCAGCCUACAUCUUUUGGCCCAAGACCAUUCACUCAUGCAAGCCUCAUUAAAGAUCCAGAGAUUGAGAUCAAGAAACCAAAGGUGCUCAGGUCAAGCAUUGAAAGUGACUCGAAUCUUUUUGAUCUUGGCAACAACUCAUUCGUUCAAUCAGCAUUCUAUGCAUAUAGUCACCACCUACAUCUUGUGAUUCGACCAGAUGAUGUGUGGCUGGCGCUGAUCACUCAGUUCUCAAUCUAUGUCAAUGCCAACUCUGACCAGUUAAGGUCAAAGUUAGUACCAUUCGAUGACAAGCGUGAACUUAUAGUUCUUAUUGAAGGCAUAUCCACUGAGCCAAUAGAUAGAUUAGCAGCACAAUUUAGUGAUAGAAUCGCAGAGAAUAUCAAGGAUCCAUCAAUCAGAGAAUGGGUGAUGCCUGCCUUCACAACGACAACCAACAAUGAUCGUGUUGUUGGUGCAUUCGCAUUGAUGUCCUCGAUGAAGAAUUACUUUAAUUACACAGUGAGGACUCAAUGUGGACUGCCCAAAGUCACCAUGUUGGGCACUGUGGACGACUGGAAACAAGUUCGCCAGCGUGCUGAAAGAUUGAUUGAGUUCGAUCUCAAGGACAAGCUGAUGUCCAGGUGGCUCGACAUCCUACUUCCUGUGUUGGACAACUUGGUCAUGUCAGCCGAGGGCAAGCCCGACACUGAUUGGUGGAACAGGAUAGCCAACAAGGUUGGACGUGGGUCAGGAGUAUCCAAUCUAUCAGGCUGGAUCACAACGUUCAUUCCAUUCACAAACAAAGGUAAAUGGAAUGCUGAUAAGAAAUAUUACCAAGACAGGGGAGGGUGGAGGAUAUGCGUGGAGUCUUGCAAUAUCAAACUGAUAUCUAUGCAGGACAUAUAG